CAGCUGCCACCUCAGCCGCGCUCGGUUCAGCCAGACGCCCUCUGCUUACUGCCCGGAGCUGACGGUCCCAGCACGCUCGCCGCCGCUGCCCUCACGACAGAUUCAUCCAUGAGCUCGGAUUUCCCACAUUACAACUUCAGGAUGCCUAAUAUUGGAUUCCAGAACCUGCCACUCAACAUAUAUAUUGUGGUUUUCGGCACUGCUAUAUUUGUCUUCAUCCUUAGUUUACUCUUCUGUUGCUACUUGAUUAGGCUAAGACAUCAAGCACACAAAGAAUUUUAUGCCUACAAACAGGUUAUAUUAAAAGAAAAAGUAAAAGAACUGAAUUUGCAUGAGCUCUGUGCAGUGUGUCUAGAAGACUUCAAGCCUCGAGAUGAGUUGGGGAUCUGUCCAUGUAAGCAUGCCUUCCACAGAAAGUGCCUUAUUAAAUGGCUGGAAGUUCGCAAAGUAUGUCCACUGUGCAACAUGCCAGUUCUGCAGCUGGCCCAGUUGCACAGUAAGCAGGACCGUGGACCCCUACAGGGGCCCCUCCCUGGGGCAGAGAACAUUGUAUAGCUCACCACAAGGACCAAACUGUUGCAGGAUCUGGGAGGAGCAGAGCUGGAAGGAACACAAGUGGUCUCUGCGUUGACUGCUCUACCUAGGGCGCCAGCUGCUGCUUCCUUUGUCUCCUGAAGAACUCUCGGGCCAGCCAGGCUGGGAACCCAGACUUCUGGGUCUUGUGACAACCAAAGUGCUCUGACACUACCCCGUGCCAAGAGGAACGGAUGAGCCCGCGAUCUGGUUCAAGAAACCUCAUGAGGAUCUCUUGCUAACUCCAUUACAUUCUGUCUCCCAGACACUCAUCUCCACGCCAAGGUGAAUCUUUAUCAACCAGAAGGGAAGACAAACGCAAGUGUUCCAGAGGGGAACUGAAGGCAGGUCUUUAAAGCCCCUACCCUCCCCCCACACACACCCUGGGGACACGAGCUUCUCUGCAGACCCUGCACACCUUUGUAGCAGCAAACCCUCCCAGCAGCCUCUAAGCCAAGUGAAAACAGCGGUUACCUCAGCCCAAGCACAACCGGUUGCAAUGCUGGAGGCAGUGCCAACAAGGCUAUUCACAUUAUGUCCUUUGAUAAGGCCAUCUUGGCAACCCGGGGGCUUGGUUACAACAAAGCAGCAGUACCUGCCACCACUGAUUCUUCCUCAAGUUCACAACAUUUGCUUAUCAAAUCAUCUGAGCUAAAAACAGUAGAUGUGCUUGGAAAGGUCUGGUCAAAAGCCAUUUCCUCGUAUUUCCCCUCCUACUCACCAAUGAGGCACAGCCAAGCCACCAUCAGGAGCCCCAGCAGGGGAUGGGUCUCUGAGCCCAUGCUGUCCCUGUAUGACCCAAGGGCCCCAGGGUGCUGCCCACAUCCCCACAUAUACAAUGUGGCUCCAGUGUAGCUGCUAGUCUUGGCCCACUGCCCCCAUAGGAAGCUGCUGUGAGCCCUUCACAUGGCUCUGAAAAGGCGCAUCUCUCUGAUAAUGGCCAGUCCUUCUGGCCUUGCUGAGCUGAGGAUGCUAACCCCUUGCCUCUCCUUGUCCUGCCCUCUGUUCUCUUCCCUCCCUUCCCUUCCCUAUCUGUUUCUUCUUCAAGAGAAAAUGCCUGUCGUUGACAUUUUAACUAUUUAAAGCAUCCCAGAUAAGAUCCCUAUGGAAUUCUGAAGCCAGGGAUGCACUUGCAAUUAUAAAUAGUUUUCAGGAAGCUCCUGCAGGGCUAUUCAUCAUUGUAGUGUGCCUCAGUAUUCAGACUUAACGAUAACUGUCGUUAUAGGAGAAAAACGCAUGCUGCUCUUUGGUUCUUUCUGUCUUACUUUUCUAGAAAUGACUGAGUCUAGCAGGAUUCAUGACUACUUUAUAAGUUCACUAUGUGAAGCAGCACUGGGUCAGACAUAAAGUUCUUUUCCACAGCCCUGCUCUCCACCUCCUUCCAUCAUAGAGGUGGACUCCUCAACAGUGUUGCCUCUGCUCCACCCCACCAGGUGUGAAUAGGGGCAGUUUCUCAUUGGAAAUACAGCGUGUAUGACAUGGAGCGAGGGGGGAGGAAACUGUACUCUGUUCAUGGAAUGUCUCCAGGAAUAUUUUUGGAAUCUAGCCUCUACUGUCUUAGAAUGGGAGAGGGAACCUGUCCUUGGCUCAGAUGGCUGGGAUCAGAUGAGGAGGAAAAUUCCCAUUACCCUAGGAAAGUGCUGGGCAGAAUCCAGUUUGGAAAAUUACAAAUCCAUUGGUCAGAAUUGGCUGUACCCUAUGUGACCUAUUUGUGGUAUGCCAACUGGACUGCUUCUUUAAACAGGGCAAGGGAAGUGUGGAAUAUUUUUAUAUGAAAGCCUUAUUAGCCUGUCUGGCACCCAUGAAAAGAACUAUUUGUACACUCCUACUUUCACCAUUUCUGCAUUCACUGUUUGUAGCACAAUAGAGUUGAAUGCUGGAAAGCACUCAGUUUACAGUAAAAUGUUUUCAGUGACCAAUGUCAGAGGUAGGCUUGCUUCUGGAAUUGCCUCACCAACAGCCAACACUCACCAUUUUCAUGUAACAGCCUUGGGACAAAUGUCACAUCUUCAUUAUGGAGUUCCAAUAGGAAAAAGAAUUUUUCCCUUCAGAGGAGGAAUUCUUGUGUUCUGUGCUUGCAUAUUAUUUUCAUCUCACAGCUUUCAUAGGAUUUCAGGGUGUCAGUACCAAGGAAACAGACUCAUGAAGUCCCUGUAUCUGUAGUAAUCUCAGCAUUUGUGAAUAUGGAGGGCUUUUAAAAACUCAGCUCUCCCACUAAGGUGGGGCUUGACACUGAAGUGGUUGUGUUCACUCUGCUAGUAGUCAUCUUCUCUUUCCUGGCUUAGUGUCCUACUGGAACAUGGCCAGUGUCACCUGGUCAGUGUCACUCAUGAGUUCUUAUGCCUCUUAACACAAGUGUUUGCGCCCCACAUCUAGGUCCUCCUCCAGGACUUAACUGGGCUGCACUGCUCUAACGGAGUGGCCAAGGUUUAACUUACAUCUUCCUUUAAUUGAUUAAAAUCAGUUUUGUGUGAGGGACAAGGUUAAAUCCCCAUUAUUAAGGAAGUUAAAGAUUCAUUAAUACUCUUUGAUCAGGCUCACACCUCACAGUGAGACAGUGAGGCUGCCCUGUCCAGAUCUAUUUCCAUGAGUUAUUCACCUUUUAUUAACCUGUGUGAGGACUCUGGUCCGCUUUUGGGCCGCUGGCAGGUGACAUGGUUUUUUAACUUGGUCUUAACAUGUCAAGCAGCCCAGAGUUGGGUGUGGCUUGUAUACCAUGGGCUAGAGGAGAACUUAGCCUCAACUUGACUCCACAGGUAGGUCAAUCAUUAUCUAGUUGUUACUAGUGGUACAGCUGAGUUCAGCUGGCUGCAGGAACAGGAAGCAAAACCAGCCUGACCCGAUUCCUGGCUGACUAGGUACAGAGAUUUGGUCAGGCCAAGAAAGUAAUGGUCAGAUAGGAGCAAGUGGCCCAUGGGGAGUUCAGGGCUGAGGGAUACUGAGGACCUCCCACCAUGGCUAAAUGCCCUGUUCUUAACAAAGAUCCUUUCUUUCCACAUCCCUGUUCCAAAGCCUAUCAUCUUCAUGGCCUGAUUCCACUCUAAGUUACGUUAACAACUAUAGUAACUGUUUGUGAGAGGUUUUCUGGGAAUUAUGAAAUGCACACAGGGAGACAUCCCCAGAACUCUGGACAAAAAGCUGCUCAGGUUUUUUCAGUCACCCCCUUGCCACUCACUAGCCAUGUGCCUUUCUCCUAGCCUCUCAAAGCCCGUUUCCUUAGCUGCUCGCCCAGGAAUGUGUACUAAGGGUGCCCCCACCAGCCCUUAUGGGGAUUGACUACCAUGUCUGGAGCCCAGCAGGCAGGCCUGGGGGGGUCAUAGGUGCUGGUGCUACUAGGUGACAUCAUCAUGCUGGCCACAUGGGACUCCCCUGUUGUUCUGAUAGAAACCACCACAGCUGAGAGCCUCCUGAGAUUUAGGGGCUCUCCGCUGAGCCCCAGUUCACCUGGCUCCCUCCCCUUUCCCCUCAUCUGCCUCAGUCACUUCCAUUUACCUUUGCCCACUGUGCUCCUCAAUGUGGUUUCACUCAGUGCUGAAUAUUCCUUCUAAAUUCUUUGAAUAGGUAAUCCCUUCACGUGGUUCACAAAUCAUAAAGUUAAGUUGUCCUUGCAUUCCUGGACUCCAGUAAGCCAAGUUUCCCACCCCUUGAGUACACAGUAUUAGUUGGUUCCCUGUGAACUUCCAGAGUUCGUUCAUGCAUAUACAACCAAGUACACACACGCGUACAUGUAGGUAUGUGUGUGUGUAUGUGUGUGUGUGUGUGUGUGUAUAUAUACACACACACACAGCUGACUCUUUUAACAACACAGGUUAGGGGUGCUGAAACCCUGUACAGCCUGCAUGUAACUUGACAGUCAGCUAUCCACAUCUGUGGUUCUGCGUCUGUGGAUUCAACCAACCUUGGACCGUGUAGAAUGUAUUUAUUGAAAAAAAAUCCAUGUGUAAGUAGACCUCAGUUCAAAUCCAUCUUGUUCAAGAAUCAACUCUAUGUGUGUAAUUUUUUUCUUUUUCCACUUCUGUAAUACCAGACAAGUACUACUCAAGGACAAUUCCUAGUCAUGUGGGAAGACCCAUCCCAGAAGUCAGAAUAUCUGUAAAAGGUGAGCCCAGAAUUGGGGGAUAUUUUUGGAAUCACAUUCCUUUUGAAUAAGGCAUAUUUUCCACUGAUUGCAGCAUGAUGAAAUCUCCGUUUCCUAUACAAAUCGAACUACAGUCCCUCCCUGACCCUAACCACAGAUGCCUAAAUAACAGAGAGCACAAGCUUUUUUUUUUUUUCCCUCCUUUUUCUCCCUCCCCAAUGUGGGAUGUGGGAUCUAGUUCCCGGACCAGGAAUUGAACCCGGGCCCCCUGCACUGGGCGAGCGAGGUCUUAGCAACUGGACCACCGGGGAAGUCCCCAGCCUGUGGCAGGACACUCAGAGCAGCAGCACAGGCUGCAGGUGCACCCCAGCCCCCAACCCAGUUUCCAGUGAGGACCGACGGCCCAGCAGUGACAUCUGGCUACAACUGUCACAGUUUCUUAGGCAAACCUAUGUUUCUGAGGCAGGAGUUGGAGAAGCAGAAGGCUGAGCAAUUCUUUUUGUGGGGCAGAUGUCUCAAAUGUUGCUAAGCAAAUAGGUGGUCAGCUGCCUCAUGGCUGAAUGUCCAUGUUCAAGUUUCGUGAACCUAUUCCCUUUCCCUCCCCACUCUAUGCACACACUAAAAAGCAAAUGUUCCCACAGAAUCUUCUCGCCCAAUAUUUUUUUCCAGUCAACGAGAAAUUACCCCACCAACAGUUUUUCUAAAAAGUUCAUUCUUCCCUCUGCAGGAGAUCAGAGUUAAAGCGACUUCCUCCAGGCAGCCCUUGGGGGGAGGGGCAGGGACCUGUGCCUCUUAUUCUUUACCCACCUCCCCAGUAUCCUGCCACCCACAGCAGCAGCCCAGGGAUUCCCUGGAUUAAAAGUGUAACUUAAGCCUGUGACCAGAAAUUUGGAAAGGAACUAUGUGUGAAACCACCUUCUAUCGAUGAACCUCUUUCAUUAUUAGUAUUUAGGAAUCUGAGCAAAGGAGAUGAAUGUGUCUGAAUUCUGAUGAAAUCUGCAGUUGAUAACUGGAAAAUGCUGGGUCACAUUCCUUUAGUAUAUAAGAUUAAUGAAGGCUCCUGUGUGCCACAGAAUGUGCUUCCAUUUGAUUGGAACAUGAGGAGGAAAAUAGAGGGGCUUAUUCAGUAAAUCUGUUAUUGUUUCAGUUCAGCUUUAGAGCCUGAACUGUUGUUGCAAGAUGCAGAGUUUUAUUCCACUUUUAGACCAAGCAUCAGCACAUGUGGCUUAUCAACCCAGAACUCAGUUCUGUGGCUAUAGAGUCAGGGGCUCCCUGCUCCAGAGACACAUACCUACCAGUGUCAAGGGCCUUGGCUAUACUUCGAUGAAGUAUAGCCCUGCAGUUCCCUGAGCUAGUACAAGCCUGGAAAAUCUGCAUCUCGGGCCAGGUGCACACCAUCCCUCCAUCCAUCCUUCCAUCUAAGGCCUAGAACAGAAGAAUAAGACGGGGCUAGUGUUUCUUUCCUGAUGAUAGCUGUCUUCCAAGAAAGUGUUCCUGAACUGUCCUCUCUUGGUCUCUUGACAGAUCUUUGCCAGAAAGAGGGGAUAUUAGUCUUGUAGUUUUAAGCCCACUGGGGUUUAUUCACUAGAUAUUGUAUAACUCCUUCAAAAAAAAAGUUUAUGAAACGCUGAGCCUCAGGUUUCAUAGACAUGUUUGUACACUAUGAAUUCUGCAGCAGAAUAUUUUUAAACAUUUGCAGUUUUUUUAUAAGCUAUAUAUUUUUGUAUAUUUAAUUGCUAUUUUAAAAUCUUAAUGCAUUUUGCUAAUUACUCGUUUAAAAGAUAAAACAUGCAUGUAAUUGACUUAAAUGUAAAUAAAAAGCAGAUUUUAAAAA